UGUUCCGCUGCCAGCGUCCUCGGGAUGGCCUCGCAAAACCGCGACCCAGCUGCCGCCAGCGCCGCCGCCCUUCGCAAGGGAGCCGAGCCCAGCGGGGGUGUCGCCCGGGGCCCGGUGGACAAGAGGCUACAACAGGAGCUGAUAACCCUCAUGAUGUCUGGUGACAAAGGGAUUUCCGCCUUCUCUGAAUCAGACAACCUGUUCAAAUGGGUAGGGACCAUCCAUGGAGCAGCCGGCACAGUAUAUGAAGACCUGAGGUAUAAACUCUCACUCGAGUUCCCCAGUGGCUACCCUUACAACGCACCCACGGUGAAGUUCCUCACGCCCUGCUACCACCCCAACGUAGACACCCAGGGCAACAUCUGCCUGGACAUCCUCAAGGAUAAAUGGUCUGCGCUAUAUGAUGUCAGGACCAUCUUGCUGUCUAUCCAGAGCCUGCUAGGAGAACCCAACAUCGAUAGCCCAUUGAAUACACACGCUACUGAGCUCUGGAAAAACCCCACAGCAUUUAAGAAGUACCUGCAAGAAACCUAUUCAAAGCAGGUCUCCAGUCAAGAGCCCUGACACAAGAUGUCCAGCUUCUCCUUGUGUUGUCUUUUUUCUUAGAUGGUCUG